AUGGCGUCGCGGCGGACGAAAAACACAAGAAGCGUGCAGACUAAAGAAGAGCUGAGCCGGGAAAUGCGGCGCAGCAAGCUGGCUCUAUUCAUCCAACAGUUUGAGAAAGAAGCCCAAGAGCGCGUGAACGAGCUGGAGGCCAAAAUGGAGAACACGCUGGCCACAGUGGAAAAAGUAUUCAAAGUGGAGCUGAUGAAGAUGCCUCCUUCUCUUCAAAACACCCUCAUAGGGGAUUUAAUCAGCGAGGAGGAAUUCUUAGCCAGUGAGGAAUCAAUAGCCAGUAAGAAUGAGUUUGGUGAGGUACCCCAGCCCCGCAAAAAGAUAACCAGUAAAAGAGCUAAAUCCACUGAUUCACCAGACCAGUCUGCCCCAACCCACAGGGUCUCAUCCAAAACGUCAAAGGGAGUGAAGGAGACUAAAAGGACGAGGACAUUAGUUUGUAGUAACAGCACUGGAAAUCUCAUCACAUCCUCCUCAGUCAUAACCAAGAGAACUCGCCGCUUGGCAAGUUGCAAGACCAACGACCCGUCCCCGCUGAGCCAGUCCAGACUCAAACUCAGGUCUGUGGUCUCUGCUGGUGAUCUGCACUGUUCUACAGCAGGCUCUACUGCACAUAUCACUGUAACCACAGCACAGGGACUGAUGGUGAGCUUUUCUGAAGAGACUAAAGAUGACAUUAACUGGGACAUGCUGGAUGACGUGGCGCGGUGCCAGAUUAAGAAGCUCUCGAGUCUGAUAGAUUAUCUGUCACAGCGGAGUGGCUGUGACGGAUGACUGAAGAAACCCAACUAUCCCCGUGUCCAGGAUGUCUGUCCAGAUGGAGC